UUCUGUCCGGGGGAAGUAGGGAGAGUCGUCGACAAUUUGAAACUGAACGUACAUUUAUCCCAGCAGGACAGACUGACGAAGAUUUGCAAAUGAGUGAUUUACCCAUGAGGUGUAAAAAUGGGACAGUGAGAGGGCCAAGAAUUAACGGCAAAACCAAACAAAGUAACUCUAUGAAUGCUGGAAUUAAUUGGCAUGCAAAUAAUAACAACAAUAAUAAUAAUUGUAAAUUAGAAGAAAAUGAGGAAGUAAAAUUUGAAAAAGAUUAUUCUGAUUUUAUGUCGACCUCUUUUUUGUCUGGCACUAAUUUAAUUAAUUUGGAUGAAAAUUUAAAUGAAAGGGGAGAGGGAGAAAAUAAUAAAAAUAAGGAGGAAAUUGAAAGGAGAAGGGCAGAAAGUACAGGAUCUAAGUUAAGAUUUACUUAA